AACAGUAACAAACAAUACGACCUUUGCAACGCUUAGACUGUCAGGGAUCUUUCGUCCGUAGGAAUCCAUCUCUUGCUCAUAGAAAGUUUAUGUUGGACUCAUGCGUUCUCAUAUCAUGUCUGGAAUAUUUUUUGUCCUGACUUUUUUCUCAAGCGUUGAUAGCAAAGGAGGUUGCGUACCCGAUAUCCUCUCAUAUGACCGCUUGCAGCGUACCCCUUCGGAUCCGAACGAAUGCGUUCUCUGGUCGCUCCUACUAUAGCAGUUAUGCCUUACCCGCCCGAACGACGGUACUUGAUAUCGAUACCCCUUAUGCCUAUACCAUCUACAAGCAUUUCCGCACGGAGGUCUGCAGCGAAUGUUUUAACUACCAGUCUGGUCGUCGAGGCUUCUUGACUUGUCGCGAAUACGGCGAGAAUGCUGGUCUCCUGUUUUGCGAUGCGAUUUGUAUGGACAGGUGGAUAGAACGGGAAGGCAUGGAACUGGUGGAACUUCUUACGCGACUGGAGGUCAGGCGGCUGAAGAAGAAAGGGAAAGAGCGGGAAGACUUAAGAAAACAGGUUUCUGAUGAGGAAAUCGAGGAGACUUGGUCUAAGGUCGCGAAAAUCGAACGAAACCGCAAGCAAACUCGGAAAUGGAGUCAACUUUUCCUGGACGAUUUCGAAGCAGACAUUGCUCGGUACGUACUUAUGGCUCUAUAUCAUCAUUCUCUCGAAGUUGGGCAACGAAAGGAAGCACAUUUUCCCUCAAGUCACGGCGUUCUUGACUUGUCUCCCGAAGCAAAAGACGAUGCAAAGUUCGGCGAAGGGUCUUGCUCUUGGAGCGACUUUGCGUCCUUGCAAUCCAAUGGAACAAUACAGAUCAAACUCUUUCCGGAGCUUUUGGACAAUCAUAUUCGGAUAUACCAGGUUCUCAAGGGUCUUUUUGGUCUCCAUUCAAAGCCCACGACCGCGAAUGCAUUUAGAAUGAAUGUCAAUGGGGAUAUUCAACAGCUGGCAGAGCAAGAUGUCUGUCAAAUGUCCACCACACAUCCGGAUACCGCAAUGUUGUCAAGUUCACAACGACUCGCACAAGUCAUCACGAUCAAAAACGUGCGGACAGCUCUAGGUGUGGAUCCAGGAAACUCCUUCGGCAUCUGGGAGACACCCCUCAUAGAUGAAAGCGAGUGUCUGGGCUUCGCCGUAUACCCUAUCCCGUCAUUCUUCAACCACCAUUGUUCUCCAAAUGUACGAAAAGAACGAGCUGGUUGCCAAUUGCGAUUCGUUACAACACGACCGGUCGAAGCUGGCGAAGAACUUUGCAUUAGCUAUGGCCAUGUCGAGAAUAUGGGCUGGCAGGAGCGACAAAAGACCCUUUGGGAUGGAUGGUACUUCGAAUGUAUGUGCAGUCGAUGCCUUGCGAAUAAAGAGAAGAUAGAGAAUAGAUGCAACGGUUACCCUUGACUUGUCUGUAAUUCCACGGAAUGGUGACUCUCCGUGUGUGACCGAUUGAUCAGUAAGUUCAAAUUCUAUACAUGUUCUUAUUAUUACUAAGAGUCGUCACUUAUUCAUUCUCUGCCGUCUUCAUGCGUGGCAGAUGACAAGCGAACUCCCCGGGUUUCCAACGCCUUGCUUGGCAUCGUUUGUUUAUGAAAUCUCAAAGAUUGUAAACUUUACAAUCUUAUUAGAGGCCAUUGGGAACAAAGGAUUUACAUGUCG